AUGACGUUGGGAGUUCCGGUAAAGGUACUCCACGAGGCCGAGGGCCACACUGUGACGGUCGAAUCGGCGACCGGGGAGCUCUACCGUGGCGUACUUAUCGAGGCGGAAGAUAAUAUGAAUAUGCAGCUUCGCGACGUUAGUGCCACAUAUCGCGAUGGUCGGAGCGCACACUUGAGCAACAUCUUCAUUCGCGGAAGUCAGGUGCGCUUCGCCAUUCUUCCGGACAUGUUGAAGAACGCGCCGAUGCUGAACGUGGACAAGAAAUCGAAGCAGCCACGUGGUUUGGGUCGAGGCGCCUUCCGAGGAAUUGGUAGAGGCCGCGGAAUGAUGCCCGGUGGAGGCCGAGGAGGCGGCGGUGGCGGACCCCCUCACCAUCGUGGUGGUGGACGCGGAGGACCUCGUGGAAGAGCGUUUCACGGCACUCCAGGCUUCAUGCGAAAUUCUGAACGCGCGCGUUACGGCGGACCCGACUCGCGAAACUUCCGAUAA